AUGCCAGAAAUCAGACUUAACUGUCUUGUUGUUCCUGAUAAUAUUCCAGUCAGGGAAAUCACUCGUCAAAAUCUCGUUACAAUCGAUAUUGGCAUCAAUGAAUCCGUUCAUUCUCUUAGAUCGAAAAUUAAAAAAGAAUGUGCGUCUUGUUUUGAUGACAUUCCAAUCACAGAAUUCGUAAUCCGUGCGGUUGAAAUUUUAAGCAAUGAUUUGGUGAAUGAUAAUAUUACAACAUUGUUUCUAAGCAUAAAAAAUGGGACUCAGGGGACGGAACUAUCUCCAAUUUCUAAUAUUUCUCCCCGCUUUUCCACUCAACUUUCUCAAGAUAAUAUUCAUAUUAUAGUAUAUUUAAAAAUUAAAACACCCCAACAGUGA